AUGACUAGCACCACCACGUCAACGCCUCCCAUGUUCGCAGUCGCUCAAGCAUCCACCCCAUCGUCGCCUUCCGCGUUUGCAUCGUCUUCACGAUUGUCAGAGACUCCUGUCAAGCAAGAGACGCAUCACAUCGCCCUCGCUGACGCGUGUUCGAACAGCAGCAAGAAGAGAAAGCUCAUUGACGAGCGUGACGACCACGACGAAGACGUUGACGACUCUUCCUCAUCGCCAUCAGCUUCGCCCUCCAAGUCCAGUAACACCGGUGGACGCAGAAAGGCCAGCGACGAGGAGCGCAAGGCUCGUCUCGAAGCUCGUCAAGCCCGAAACCGUCUCUCCGCCCAAUACUCGCGAGAACGAAAAAAGGCAUACGUAGAGACCCUCGAGGGCUCCCUCAACGCCCUUAAGGCCGAAAAUACCUUGCUCCGCCAGCAGCGUGAACAGGAUCAGGCUCUGCAACAGACUUUGGAUGCCAAGCUCAAAGACGCUCAGCUCCGUGUCAACACCCUUGAAACCAUUCUCCGCACGCUCGCUCCUUCCCUUGUCCCUCUCCUUGGUCCGUCGUCGUUGUUGUCCCUCCCAUCUUCCUCUAAUCCCUCGGUUCUCGCCACAUCCCCCGCUUCUUCACUUGCUCCGCAGUUUGAUGCGGGCCUGUCUGCGAACCUCGCCUCUGCUUCGGUACAGGACAACAGUUCAGCUAGCAAGGAGGUUCCCUUGUCUCUGGCGAUUGCAGCGCCGGCAUCGACCGUUUCCACCCCCUUUUCGUUUGGCACUUUGGCCCAGCAAUCCUCAAAUGAAGGCGUUCGCCUCCCUGCAGCGGAUGCCCUCACACAGUUUGAGAGUGUCGCUGGCAAACAAAGUGCCCUCGAAAAGGCCGGAAACAACGUCGAUGUCAACGGCAGCAGCAUCGUCAAUCAAGGAUACCCUCUUGCCAGCCAGAUCAGUGUUUCUGCACCAGAGCAGCCGUCGUCGUUCGCGGCCAGCGCCCAAGUCCCUCUGCCUCAGCACGUCGUCGAAGCCAAGGCAGCCGGCGUUGCCCGUGAAGCUGAGGCUCUGCUCUCCAAUUUUAUCGACCUCGACGCCAAACUCGCCAACGGUGACGCGAAGACUGCGGCUCAAGAUCAAGGUGCCCCGACGUCUGCCACCCCGUCUGAACCUGUAUCUGUGGGCGAGGGCUAUGCAGCAGCAGCAGGAAACGCCUUGCGAUCAGCAAGCGCCGCUGCAGGUGACCUCGCAAGCCUGAGCGCCGCUUCUUCAGCGGACUCGGGUGAUGGUUCGAGUGGCAGCAGUGAUGGAAGCAAGACCAACAACGAGAAUGGCGGGUCCACCAUCUUUAACACGAUCAGCUUGUCCCACGCCGACAACAAGGACCAAGAUCUGGAGAAGCGAUUCCAGCUUCUCACGUCUCCUCUGUUGGCCACCGAGAGGAACGUGUGGGAGCUUGUCACGGACACAAUGCUGCAGGACCUCUACAGCGGCUCGGACGAGGUCGGCGCUAUCAGUGGCAACGCUGACCCUGCAUUGACGCCUUCCGAGGUGGACAUGAGCGCGGGUUCGUCGCCAUUCGAUCUGGUCGACCUGGACAUUGAGAUCGAGGAGCCGUUGCAGGUCAACAUUGGGCUCGAAACCGAGGAUGCCGUGCAUGGCGGAUUGCUUGGCUUUGGCCACGAAAAACCCGACGCUGGCGUCCCGGACUGGUCAGGUCUGAUGGCCUCAAUCGUCGCUUGA